AUGAAGGAGAGCAAGGCCCUUCAUUUACUUAUUUUGGUAGUUGUAACUAUUAGUCUUGUAGUUAUCUUGUCCUUUAACCAGUUUUUUAUACAAAUUUUUACUGGUGACUCCAGCCAGUAUUUCUCUCAGCAAAAUAGAUUACUUUAUGACAAACUUGCCUCAAGCCAGUCCGGUUUGACCUAUUCUUCGGACGAAGAAUUUCUGCUCACACUAUCGACCCGAUCAAAUUGGUCUUUACUCCCCAAGAAUAUCAAGCUCGUUUUAUUUACCGACAGCGAGUACUGGAAAGAGCGUGCACGCGAAGUCAACAUCGACUGGUCUGACGCUUUCGAACUAAACCGCAGCGGUCUGCCUUUUCUCACCAGCAUGACCGAGUGGAUCCAAACUCACUACCGCAGCCGUCUCUACGGCUACAUCAAUGGCGACAUCAUCCUCCACAGCUCCAUCCAGGACGUUCUUCCCCGCCUCUUCGCUCUCUCUCCCCCUCUCCUCGUCGUAGGCCGUCGCUACAACACCGCCGUGACCGCCUCCCUCCUCUCUCACUUCACCUCCCUCGCCUCCAUCGACCGUUUCAUCGCCUCCUCCGUGCGUUUCACCGAGCAAUUCAUCCCCGUCGCGCAGGACUACUUCUUCUUCUCCCCCGCGGUUCUGAAUCCCCGCGACGUGCUCCCCGUCGUGGUGGGUCGCAACCGUCUCGACAACUAUCUCCUCACUUUCUGCAAGCGGGCGAAGCGCUGCCAGCUGGUCGACGCCAGUGACGCAGUGGUGGCGUUGCAUCUGUCGGACGCCGCGGGCGAUUUCUCGGGCACGAAGGCGACGCGAGACGCGGAUUGGAACGUGGAACUGGUGGGGAAACUCGACUUCUUCAAUUCGGUGCGUUUCGCCGAUCACGUGCUCUACCGCACGCAGGCGGGCGACGUCGUGCUCGAGCCGAACCCCUACUUCGACGACGCGUUUUCCCCGCGGCAAGUCGCCUGGCUGAGCCGGUUUAUCGAAGAAGGGAAGCCCUGCGUGUACUUCGGGAGCGCGCUGGUGGGGAACGAGUUCCAUCCCCGCGGGCACUUCCACCCCGCUCCGCUGUUAGCGGUGUUAUCGGACAAGUGGUUCCACGGCAAGGCGAAGAGCGUGGUGUCUCCCGCGGGGAGCGAGGAGAACGGAACGGCGUUCGAGAGCGUGCGGCUGCCGAGCGUGUGGAAGCUGGAGCAGCGCGGGAGCUGCGAGCGGUACGCGGAGUAUAUUCGGUUCUACGCGGACGCGAUCGACGAGAACGCGGAGAGGCGACGGCGGAAGUGCCCCGGCUGCCCGGCUUUCUCGAAGAAGGAGAACCGGAUCGUGGUGGACGGGGAGUGCAGGUUCCACGUGCUGAGGGAGCUGUCGGAGAUCGCGUCGUUCAGCUCGCUGAUCAUCGUGCCGGAUUUGAACCUGCAGAAGUACGAGGGCAUGGAGGUGAUCGAGGAGGGCUUGGAGCUGGUGGAUGUGUACACGCCGUCGCGCACCGAGGGCGAUUUUCGAAGCAUUCACGUGUUUCGACGGAGCCGAUCGAAGAAGUGGACGCAGCCCUUGCCGCCUUGAAGGAAGAGAGAAAGAAGAGAGUUGUGGACUGAUGGAUUGGAUUGGAUUACUUGGAUUGGAUUCGAUGUUUGUAACUGUUGUGUGUAGUUUUUUCGAUGGC